GUUUAGUAAGUUACAAUGAUUUCAUCUAUAGUCCUUCUCUUAUGUGUUUGCUCUAAUGAAUAUGUUGUGUCAGAAAAAUUAUCAGCUUCUACCCCUAUCGAUGUAAAAUUAACAAAACUAUUGGACGUUAAAUUUGAAAGUAGAACCAGUUCGUUGAGGAAUGAUUUUGGAAGGUUUCUCUAUCCUCAAACUGAAGAUAUCGAUUUAGGAACCAAAGAUGAAUACUUUCAAGUUCCCUUAAAGUUGUCAUUUGGGAUAGAUAGGCAAAACGGAAUUCAAGAAAACGAAAAAACUAUUUCCAGUAUGUUUGAGCAAUGUAAAUAUUUGGUAGGUAGAAGUCAGACACCGUUUUGUCGUUUGAAUCUAGUAACGAAUAAUUCAGCAAAUAAUCAUCCAAAGAGUUGCAGAGAAAUCCUAGAAGCAGGAAACAAUAAAUCUGGUGUAUACCAAAUUAAGCCACGUACCAGCAGGAAACCAUUCGCUGUACUGUGUGAUAUGGAAACUAAGGGUGGUGGCUGGACUCAUAUUCAAAAGAGAUUUGACGGAUCACAGGACUUUUAUCUACCGUGGAGAGACUACAAAUUCGGUUUUGGUGAUCUAAUGGGUGAAUUUUGGCUUGGACUGGAAAAUAUUUAUCACAUGACAGCAUUCGAUAGAAACGAACUUUUUAUAGAAUUAACAGAGACGCACAAAAAUAUUAGUUAUGCACAAUACUCAACGUUCUCAAUUGGCUGCGAAAAAGAUGGCUACCCGCUCAAGGAACUUACAGGAUACUCAGGCAAUGCAGGAGAUGGUUUAAAAUACCAUCUCAAUGCAAAGUUUACAACAUUGGAUGUAGAUCAAGACAAAGAUGGUGGAAAUUGUGCACAAAAAUAUGAAGGUGCUUGGUGGUAUUUAAAUUGUCAUGACAGCAACUUAAAUGGAAAGUAUAUGACAAUAGUACUUCCUGGUAUAUAUGAAGCACAUGGCCUUGAUUGGUAUCCUCUGAAAAACGCACACGUAAACUUGGCUGGUUCCAGAAUGAUGAUCAGGCCAUUUGGAGAAUCGUAGUUAUAAUAAAACAAUAAUGUGCAUCACUAAAUAUUUCCCUUUAUGUAAUAUUAUUUCAAAUUAAAUUUUUAAGCAUA